AUGUCGUCAGAAUUAGAAUCACAAUCGAUCACCUCGAAGCUAUGCAGUAAAUGCGAAGGAAUAUUCUCUGUCCAUCACAAAGUACACAAAUCGUUUGUUCCACGCGAGGUCCCAAUCUCAGCCUUAAUAGUCCACAGUCCGAGCAUCUUGUCUCUCAAGUUUUCGAUGUUGAGUGGUUGCCAUCUGUGUGUUCUCAUUUGGGAUGUGCAUAGAAAGUUCUUCGCAGUCGCUGCUGAGCUCGAAGAGAAUAAUCCCUUGGACCCAGUAGCAGAGCUAUGUUACAUGUUCGAAACUGUAGAGCUCGGACUUCUACUCUAUGCCACGGACUUCAAAACCGUGUCAAAGCAUAUAGUUUACGUAGUUUUGGAGCAUGAACGGUCAAUAGCUGCGAAGCUCUAUGUACCAGACACAGUGGCAAAGAUCCAGAAUGGUAAUAUGCAUUUGGGGUUGCAGCGUUGGGUUCAGACACCAGAAAAUUGCUCGGAGCCUACGGCCGUGAUGGAUGUUACUAUUUUCCUCUCCCCAGAGACAGCGUUACAACGAAGUUUGGCAAAGCUUGCACGCAAAUCGGAUUUGAUGGACUCAUCAGGUCUCGGUGGAGGCUCGGAUGAAGAACCCUAUUCUUGGCUCUCGCAUUGUAUUAACCGGCAUGAAAAGUGCUUCACUUCGUUGGGCCUACCAAGGUCAAGCUGGCUCCCGACGCGCCUUCUAGAUAUCCGCGAUAUCGCCGUUUCGCACAGGGUCAAGUUAUAUUGUACAGAGCCUGGUGACUCGUUGGAAUAUGCCACUCUCAGUCAUCGAUGGGAGGCAGAUGACCAACUCAGACUUUUAACAGGGAACAUCAAAUCAUUCUUAAACGGCAUAUCGGUGGAGACGCUCUCCAAAACUUUUCAACAAGCAAUUGCCAUGUGCCGCAAAUUGUUACUCAACUUCAUUUGGAUUGACUCGCUUUGUAUUCUGCAAGAUUCGAAGGAAGAUUGGGUUCGGGAGUCUUCCACAAUGGGGAAAAUCUAUAUCAACGGGAAGGUUUGUAUCGCAGCCUCCGGGGCAGCAGAUGGCUGCAGGACGCCAAUGUCGAAUCGAAAUCCAUUGCUUAUGAAACCUUUGCUGAGGAAAACGACUAAAAGCAUCUUUGAUGAGGAUCCUCUCUCAACGAAACAGGUCUAUCGGGUACAUUUGGCCGGUAUUGAAAGCGUAGAAAUCGAAGCGUCGAAGUUGCAAACACGGGGUUGGGUGGUUCAAGAGCGAGCAUUAGCUACUCGAACUUUGUAUCUCGGAUCAAAUCAGCUCUUUUGGUGUUGCCACCAGGGAACUCUGUCAGAAACCUGGCCUUGUGGGAUCGGAAGAGCGACCAAUCUGGACCGGUCUUUGAAAACUGCUUUCUACACCGAAAUCGGAUUCUAUUACUGGAAUCAAGCAUUAGAAAUUUACUUAAGAACUUUCUUGACAUAA